AUGCCCACCGGCAGAGCGGCACAGCGGCGGCAGCGACGCUCCCGCACUCCUCCUCACGGGAAGACAAGGCCGGCGGUAAUCCUAUCAGGAAUCGUAGGCUUAACAACAUGGAAGAGACCAGUGAUACUUCUGGUUAACCUGUUUGUUCUGCUGUCUGUUGUCUGUGUUCUUCUGAACCUGGCUGGAUUUAUACUAGGAUGCCAAGGUGCCCAGUUUGUGUCCAGUGUACCCAGAUGUGAUUUGUUGGACACAGGUGAAAACAAGAUUUGUUUCUGCUGUGAAGAAUUUCAUCCAACAAAAUGCACAGAAAAGGAUAAUGCACUGAAACUAUACCCAAUGAAGUCAUGCAGUGCUGUUCAUCUUCUUCUUAAGAAAGUUCUCUUUGCACUCUGUGCCCUGAAUGCACUCACCACCACCGUUUGCUUGGUAGCAGCUGCUCUUCGUUAUUUGCAGAUAUUUGCAACUAGAAGAACCUGUGCAGAUGAAUCUCAUGUUUCCAUGGAAGAAACUGAAGAACAAGGUCACAUUUCAGAUCCUGAAGAUUUCAUACCACCUGUGCCACCUCCUUCAUACUUUGCAACAUUUUAUUCUUGUACUCCCAGAAUGACUCACAGGAUGCUUGGAUCUGACGUGAUUCCAUUACCACAUAUUUAUGGAGCUAGAAUUAAAGGAAUUGAAGUGUUCUGCCCCCUGGAUCCACCUCCUCCUUAUGAGGCUGUGGCGAGCCAGAACAGCUGUGAGCAGGAAGACGCACUACAAGUAGCUGUGGUAGAAGUUGCUAUUGAUUCUGUGAACACAAGUGAUAGGCAGGCCCCUCAAGCCGCCAUCACACGCGAAGAAAUUCCUAAGUCUUCCAGCAGAGUGAGCCUUUCACCUUCAAAUGAACACACAAUGCCUGCAGCCAGGAGAGCCUUCCAUCCCCUGCGGAAGCGAUGCAAAAGUGACCCUGUCCUGCACUGCUUAAUGCCUCAAGGUCCAGUGCUAAGCUGUGAGGCUGCAACUCAGACUGAAUUAAAACCAGGCCUUGACAYGGUCACUUUGCGGAGGGGUUUGAGAGCCAGGGCGCCAAGGGCAAGACCCCGCUCUCUGAUAGACUAUAGGUCCUACAUGGACACCAAGGUGCUUGUGGCUCGCUUCCUGGGGCAGGCCUCGUGCAGCGUGACCCCCGACGUGCACGAGCUGCUGGAGAGCAUCAAGGCCGUGCUGAAAUCGGACGAAGAGCACAUGGCAGAAGCCAUCACCAGUGCCACCUUUCUUGAGCAGGUGAUGACCCCUGCCCAGCGAGCAGUGCCAUGGAGGGCCCAUAUGCUGCCUUUCAGACACCAGCCUGGGUUGCUGCACCUGGAGAGCUGUGGUGACCUGAGCACUUUUACACCAGCUGAAAGUCACGUAGCAGAGAGAAGGGUCCAGGGUCUCGAACAGGAGCGGCCGCACAGUCUUAUUGGAGUUGUAAGGGAAACUGUGCUGUGAGUUGAUUUCUGUUUCACCGUAGAGCAUUAG